GCGUCUCCACCAUGGCCUGGACUCCUCUCCUGCUCCCCCUCCUCACUCUCUGCACAGGUUCUGUGGCCUCUUCUGUGCUGACUCAGCCACCUACAGUGUCUGUGGAAUUGGGACAGACGGUCACCAUAACCUGCCAGGGAGAGCCCCUAAAAAGUUAUUAUGCUAACUGGUACCAACAGAAGCCAGGCCAGGCUCCUGUGGUGGUCAUCUAUUAUGGCAGCAAACGUCCCUCUGAGAUCCCUAACCAAUUCUCUGCCUCUUACUCAGGAAACACGGCCACCCUGACCAUCAGUGGGGCCAGGGCUGAGGACGAGGCUGACUAUUACUGUCAGGCAUGGGACAACAGUGAUAUCUUUGGCUCUGGGACAAACCUGGCCCUGUCUCUGAACUCAGCAGGGGGGCCCACAGAGUCUCUGCAGCUCAGUCCCUGCCAGGCAGGAUUCAUGGCAUCACAUGGGCUGACACAGCUGCCCUUGGUGUCGGUUGCCCUGGGACUGAUAGCCAGGAUCACCUGCCAGGGAGAGAGCCUAGGAAGUUACUAUGUGCACUGGUACCAGCAGAAUCCAGGCCACGCUCCUGUACUGCUCAUCUAUAAGAGCAGCAACCACCCCUCAGGGAUCCAUGAACGAUUCUCCGGCUCCAACGCUGGGGCCAAAGCCGAGGACGAGGCUGAGUAUUACUGUCAUGUGUUGCACUAUAGUGAGCAACUCUCCGACAUGAAGAAGGGUGGUCUCUACAGCCUCCCAGUCUGA